CCCCACAUCUGCCCAUCUGCAUCGGGUCGACUUGUCUCUGCCUCUCAGUCUGUCUGCUCCAAACAUGCCUGCCCCUGCUGUCGCCGCCCCCAGCCACAUCGGCAUUGCCAACCUGCCCAACCAGCGACACAAGAUUGUGUCGAGAAAGGGUGCCCGCUUCACCAUCAUGGUUUUGGGCGAGUCUGGUCUCGGUAAGACCACCUUCAUCAACACUCUCUUCACCACCAUCCUGAAGGACUACAAGAAGCCUGAGCAUCGCUUUGCCAAGCAGAUCAACAACACCGUCGAGAUUGAAAUCACUCGCGCCGAAAUCGAGGAGAAGGGCUUCAACGUCCAGCUGACUGUCAUCGACACCCCUGGCUUUGGCGACUACGUCAACAACCGCGACUGCUGGGCUCCCAUUGUCAACUUCAUCGACGACCAGCACCACGGCUACAUGAAGCACGAGUCUCGUCCCGAGCGCAAGAACUCGGACGAUCUCCGUGUCCACGCCUGCUUGUACUUUAUCCAGCCCACCGGCCACACCCUCAAGCCCCUCGAUAUUGAGGUCAUGAAGCAGCUCAGCACCCGUGUCAACCUCAUCCCCGUCAUUGCCAAGGCCGACACCCUCACCCCUUCGGACAUGCAGGCCUUCAAGGAUCGCAUUCGCGACUGCAUCAGCCACCAUGGCAUCCAGAUCUUCCAGGCCACUCCUCAUGAUGACGAUGACGCUGCCACCAAGGCCAUCAUGGCUGCCUCGCCCUUCUCGGUUAUUGGUUCCGAGACUGAGGUUACCUACGCCGAUGGAAGCGUUGGUCCCGGUCGCCAGUACCUGUGGGGUGCCGCCGAGGUUGAGAACGAGAGCCACUGCGAUUUCAAGAAGCUCCGCAACCUUCUGAUCCGCACCCACAUGCACGAUCUGAUCUCUUCCACCGAGGAGACUCACUUUGAGAACUUCCGAUCGACCAAGCUCACCGCCGAGGGACGAUCCGACGACGACCCCAGCGCCCGCGCCCGAAAGGUGAUGGACACCAAGAUGAAGGAGGAGGAAGAUGCCCUCCGCAAGCGAUUCACCGAGCAAGUCCGUCUGGAGGAGGCUCGCUUCAGACAGUGGGAGCAGAGGCUCAUUGCCGAGCGCGAUCGCCUCAACCAGGACCUCGAACAGCAGCACCGUGCUGUAAAACAGCUGGAGGACGAGUACGAGGAGGUCCUUGCCCUGCGCAAGAAAUAAAAGCCGUACUGAAGACCGUGGAUCCGCAAGCACGCUCCAACCGCGCCGUGUCCCGACACACCAAACUCCUCCAUUCCUCUCCGCCUCUGUUUGUCGCCGCCUCCCCUUCCUCCUCACG